AUGUCAAAUAUUUCAAGGAAGCACCGGCAAUCGAAGACGAGGAUAUUCGAUCGACAAAAUCGGUGUAUUAAUUGUUCUUUCUUGAUCCCCAAAAAGUUGUAUGAUAAGCAUCCCGUGGAACAAGCGCCGAUGCAUAUAGUUACUACAUUGCGGGCAUGGAUAUUUCCCACCGAGUUGUCACCAGAUUCCAUAAUUUGCACAGAAUGCUAUAAAUUACUUCAGAAACAUACAAAUGCAAUUAAUGAAGAAUCAAAUAUGAUGAGUGAAGAAUGUUUGCCUAUUUUAGGGCAUAGAAGUAUUUGCUAUCCUUGUGGAAUUUCAAUUUCAAGAAGUGCGAGAACAUACAGUGUGCCCCAUGAUGUAAAAGAAAGAAGUAUUUUAUUGGAAAGUGUUCCACUCCAUUUGGUCUCAAGAAUGGAAAGAGUAUGUGUGGCUUGUUGGAUGUCUGCAUACAGAGAGGUAAAACGGCAACACCAACAUGACACAAAUCAUAGUGUCCCAAAUGUGGAAUCUAUUGGGGAUUCCCCUGAUGCGCCAGUUCCACCCCCUCUUCCACCACCUCAAUCGGAAAAGGUUCUACAGCAGACACCAAAAAUCAAGUCUUCGCAAUACAGACGUGCCGCUUGCACAUCUAGUCGUUGUAUAUUCCAGAAUUGUUCUAGAUCUGAAAGAUUACUCAUACCAUCUGCUAUAAAGGAACUUGUAUUGUACCGACAAAAAUUCUAUAUACCAAACGGUUGCCGCGUAUGUCGUUACCAUUUGAAUCAGGGUCAUUGGAACGAAUUAACAUCGGAACUAGUGGAUUUCACUGGUGAACAAUUUGAUGUUAUUAUGACGAUGAUGGAAAGGGCAGCCAAUAGCUACUUAGAUUUUUCAAACAUUAAAAUCAUGUCUCCGCAUUUAUGUCGUUAUUUUCUUGGAUUGAAUUCUGAUCAGUUUUAUGAUCUACUGAACAGUAUUCCAAAUCUUGUUGACCAUGUACCGAAUGCUUCUAUUGCGUUAAGUGUUUUAUUGGUUAAAUUAAAAACAGGUGAUAGUAAUGAGAGAUUAGCUACUCUUUUCAAUAAACCACGAAGUACCAUAGAACGUUGGAUGGGAAAAGUAAAAAGUUGUCUUAAUGAUGAUCUAAUUAAAAAUCUUUUACCCUCUUCUAAAUAG